GCGAAAAAGUUGCGUUUCCUCACUUCUUCAAGUGUUUCCACCGGUUGUUGUGCGUUUUUAAAACUUUCCGCAGCCGGAUGGAUCCGUGACGCGGACAAACCCGGAGAAGUGAACUUUUUCCUUCUUGCUCCGAGUCCCUGCUGAGGGCACAGGCACAUUUUGGGAAUACUUUUCCAAAACGCGCGCUCCGCUCCGUGCGUCGUCCAGUAGAUGGGAUUUGAUGCGUUUGCGGGGGAUUUCUGCUCGGUGGUGUGUUUCUGACUUGACCGAGAGCGAGGAAGGAGAAGGACGCUGAGCAGAGGAGAGUAGAGGAGAACAGAGGAGAACAGAGGAGAACAGAGGUGUCCGGACUGAACAGCCCGGGACGAGAAGAGCGGACACUUGGAGACGUCGGCCAUGGAGACAUCAGUGCCGAGAGCCACAGAGAAAAAAGACAAGAUGGAUGGGAGCGGCUUUGGUGACCUCCCGAAGAAACCCUCACCCUCAGAGACGAGAGCCCCCCACAUCUUCCCCACCUUCCACACACCAAUCCCGAUUGACAUGCGCCAUCACGAGGGACGAUACCACUAUGAGCCCCACGCGCUGCACGCCAUGCACGGGCCUGCAGGUUUGGCUGGCAGUCCCGUCAUCUCCGACAUCUCCCUGAUCCGCCUUUCGCCUGCCACAGUGGCGAACGGCGACUCCCCUUUCAGCCCACCACACCCGUACGUCAACCCUCACAUGGAGCAUUACCUGCGCUCUGUGCAUGGCAGCCCCACCCUGUCCAUGAUCUCAGCAGCCAGAGGACUAAGCCCAGCUGACUUGGCCCAUGACCACCUGAAAGACCGCGGACUGUUCGGACUUCCCCCCCCUCCUUCCGGGGCAAGUCCAGCUGAGUAUUACCACUUGAUGGCCAGCCACCGGAGCCCCUACAAUGAGCUGCUCAUGCAGGGGGCUGGAGCCACCUCAGGGGCCCACCUGUCUGAGUACAUCACCCCCAUUGACGUGUCACGGUUCUCCAGCCCCAGACUGACACCCAGGCUGAGCAGGAAGAGGGCGCUGUCGAUCUCACCGCUGUCUGACGCCAGCAUCGACCUCCAGACAAUGAUCCGCACCUCACCAAACUCCCUUGUGGCGUACAUCAACAGCUCCCGCUCCAGCUCGGCCGCCAGCAGCUCCUACGGUCACCUGUCAGUCGGAGGACUCAGCCCAUCUUUCCCUUUACCGUAUCCCAUCAACCCCAUGGCCUAUCAGCAGCUCCUCUCCCAGCAGCGGGGGCUCAGCACCUUUGGCCACACUCCGCCUCUCAUCCAGCCUCCACCCACCUUCUCCAGCCGCCAGUCUGGCCUCGGCCUGUCCCCUCUGCCUGGCUCCACCCACAGCAGUGACCUGGCAUCUAAGCACCCCGGUGGCGACUCGGCCGUGAGCAGCACAGUCAACCCCAUGAUCACCAAAAGGUCAAAGGUCAAGAGUGAAGGGGAGGGACUGAGGCCGUCUCCUCCUUGUUCACCGAACCAUCAUGGCAACUCUUUGGACCUGAAGGAUGACAUGGACCGGGAUGAAUGUAAGCAGGAACCUGAGGCCGUUUACGAGACCAACUGCCACUGGGAGGGCUGCAACAACGAGUACGACACGCAGGACCAGCUGGUCCAUCACAUCAAUAAUGACCACAUCCAUGGAGAGAAGAAGGAGUUUGUGUGCCGCUGGGAGGACUGUUCGCGGGAGCAGAAGCCCUUCAAAGCUCAGUACAUGCUGGUGGUUCACAUGCGCCGACACACAGGGGAGAAACCACACAAGUGCACGUUUGAGGGCUGCUCCAAGGCCUACUCCCGCCUGGAGAAUCUCAAAACCCAUCUGCGGUCCCACACCGGCGAGAAACCAUACGUCUGCGAGCACGAAGGAUGCAACAAAGCCUUCUCCAACGCCUCGGACCGAGCCAAACACCAGAACCGGACGCACUCCAAUGAGAAACCCUACGUAUGUAAGAUCCCUGGCUGUACCAAGCGCUACACGGAUCCCAGCUCUCUCAGGAAGCACGUGAAAACGGUGCACGGCCCAGAAGCCCACGUCACCAAGAAGCAGCGCAGCGACCUGCCACCCAAGCCGCCAGCCCCCAGAGAGAAUGGCGAGAAUGAGGCCGUUCCAAGAGAGAGGAUCCAGAGGGAGGACAAGAUAUCAGAUAACAGAGGUGUGGAGGACUACCUGCACGUCAAAUCCAUCAAGACGGAAAGCUCCGUGAUGUAUCAGUCCAGCCCUGGCGGUCAGUCAUCAUGUAGCAGCGAACCAUCACCACUUGGCAGUGCCACCAACAAUGACAGUGGAGUAGAAACGGCGGUACACAGCGGGGGAAGCCUGGGGGACCUCAGCAACCUGGACAACCUGUCGUUUGUGGAGUCCUUGGGCUUUGAGGAUUCCAUUGGUGGGGUCGCAGCGGUGGGUCUCCACAUCCGAAAGCAGCUUGGCACCAGCCAGCACCUGGAUCAUCUGAAGAAGGAGAAACUGAAGGCUGUGAGGGACUCGUGUCGGUGGGCCAACAACCCAACAUCCCCGGUCCUCGGCACCAAACUCCCACCCAUACCAGUAAGCGGGUCUCUCCUGGAGAAUCCAAGUAUGGGUGGUGGUCAGAUGUCCUUCCCUGGUUCCAGCUUGGGUGAUCUGAGCUCUGGUAAGAUGACUCUGCUGGGAAACCUUUCAGGGCGCCGUGAAAGCACCUCCAGCACCCUGAGCUCAGUCUACACCCUUAGCCGCCGCUCCUCAGGCAUCUCCCCCUGCUACUCUAGUCGGCGCUCAAGCCAGGUCUCGCAGUUCGGUGCCAACCGCCCCAGCAACGUCAGCUCUGCCGACUCCUAUGACCCAAUCUCUGCUGACAUAUCACGGCGCUCCAGUCAGACCAGCCAGUGGGGGGGAAUCGGUGAAGCUGUAGGAGGGUGUGGAGGAGGGGGCCUACCCAACCCCCUUAGCCUGACGCCAGCCCAGCACUACCACCUCAAGGCAAAAUACGCUGCUGCCACUGGGGGUGCACCACCUACACCUCUUCCAUUCAUGGACCAAAUCUGUCUGAAGACCCACUCAGCCCUGUAUGGGGACUCCCAGGAAUCCUCUCCCACCAACACAGGUCUGCCUCCAAGGCGGUAUAGCAGCUACACCAUGCAGAGCUUGAUGCCCCACGAGACCCCGGCUAAUAUCCCCCGCCGAGCCAGCGACCCUGUAAGACGGGGAGCCAUAGAAUCUCUCAGCCGGGCACAAAUGCAACGCUACAACAGCGUAGGCACAUUGAGCGGAGGGGCGACCACGCAGCCCCAUCCACCUCCUGCAACAGAGCGCCGACAUUCAUCCCAGCAAGGCUGGCUGCGGUCAGACGGUCUCUACCGCUACAGCCUGCGACCGCCAAGCAUUUCAGAGAACGCAACUAUGGAGAUGUUCACAGGUGAAAUCCCAGAGGAAGAUCUAAACCUGCCUGACCUCAGCACUGAAAAUGGAGAUGCAACCAACAGAGUGUCAACCAAUCAUCAAGAUUUCCAAGGAAACCCCAGUCUCCAGCAGCAGUCAUACUAUCAGAGAAGAAUGGCUGCUGUAAACGCCACAAACCUGCCCCCUCAGGUUCUGGGGCCAGAGCAGCAACAACAGAUGUGUCCAUCUUCACCCAGGGACAGUAAGGCCAUCUUAUCUGUUCAGUGGAACAAAAUGUCUCUGGGUCUCAUGGGUGUUGACCAGCACUACCCCAAACCGCAGGUCCAAGGGAAUUUGGCUGUCCUCCAGCAAAACCCAAACUUUGGAUCUUUUCACAGCAAUCUCAACUCCAGCCAGCAGAUGCUUCAUAACCUCGCUAACACAAUGCAGCAGAGGUGCAAACAGCUGAAUGGUGAAGCAGGAGCAUUCCAGUACAGGUUCCACGAAGCCAUCAGUCCUUAUGAUAAGAACGGUAAUGCCACUCAUCCAGCAGUCACUGGCAGCAUGCUAAGCCCCAGCUGCAAACAGGAGCCAGCUGACAUGGAUACUGUUGACAGGCAUUUUGCUGAUGCUAGAUUCCAGCCUGUGCAAGUUAAAACUGAAGACUGCAAUGGCUCAGUCGUGAUUUCAGAUCAGCAGAACUGUAAUGUCAGCCCCCAGAAUCACUUGCAAGCUGGGAAUCAGAGUCAUCUCCAGCCAAGAGCACCAACAGAACCUAGACCUCUCAACAGACACCUUUCUGGGCAAAAGGUGAUGCAACAAACAAGGCACCACAGUAAUGGCAACCUAGAUGUUGCUUCUAAAUUAUCCACUAGUGGAGUUUCAGGACUUCGUUGCAGCGACAGCUCUGAUGACAAUACCAUGUACUACACAGGGCAGAUUCAACUAUUUGAGUCCAAUGGGAACUUGGGCCAGAAUGUUUCUUCAUUGCUGAAUGUACCCUCUUUUGAAAAUGGUGCAGUGUCUCCCGGUUCAAGCCACAACAGGGGAUCCAGGACUGUAGACUCGAACGCAGCACUGGAGCAGGCACAGAUAGACUUUGAUAGCAUGCUAGAUGACGGGGAUCAUUCCAGCCUCAUGUCAGCAACCCUGAGUCCAGGUCUGCUCCAGAAUUUCUCCCCGAGUUCCUCUCGCAUGACAACGCCCAGGAACUCAGUUACAUUGCCUUCGGCACCAGCGGGGACGGGGAACAUGGCCAUCGGGGACAUGAGCUCACUGCUGACUGCUCUGGCAGAGGAGAGCAGGUUCCUCAACUUUAUGUCUUAGCCACACGUCACAGAAAAUGGCGGACAGAAAUAUAUUUGCAGUCGAUUUGAGCUCCUGAUGCAUCAUAAACAUCCAACACAGACUGACGUGACUGUGUCAAAAAGCCUCUGCAGCAUGUGGCUCAUGUUCUUCUACAGUCUCAUUUGUUAAUUAUUUAGAAUGGCAGUUUUCUAUCUUUUUUUAAAAACCAUAUCUUUGGUUUUUGCCUUAGAUAGUAAACCUUAUGUAAACAACAGAAUUCCUUCAGUUGUUGUACAGGUCUGCAGUAAGUUCAGGUUACUAAGUGCCUGGCUCAGCCAAAACAUGUUGCGCAUAUGAUUAAAGGUACCUGUCUGAGACCUACAUAUCUGGAAUGUACCAUCCUCACCAGGUUGUUUUACACUGUAAAUUAGCUCAACUUAAUAUCAAGUUGCUGAUUUCUGCCUGAGGAGAAAACAGUUUAAUCAAAACCCCUUUUCUUUUCCUCUGUCAUCACAGCUUUUCAAGUUUACAGUCUUAGUCCUCAGUGAGCCAUGUUUUGAUUGCUGCUCUGCUGCUGAGAUUAACACUGACAUCUCACCGUCAGGCCUCAGAGACUUGAUCUGUGAUUGGAAUUAUGAACCCAUGCAUUGAAAAAUCAGUUGUACUCUUGCAGCAAAACAAGCAGAAGACUUCAGUGAGAAGCCGCGGACAUCUGAGGAAAGACUUUUGUAUGUUGGUGCACCAGUUUGUAUGUAAAUAUUAUUUGUACAUUUUUAAGAACUACAA